CGAAGGGUUUUCGUGCCCCGGAUGCAGAAAGGAGCAGCCGGAAGCACGGGCGAGGGGGCGGGGCAGAGUGCUGCGCGUGCGCAUGAGGUCGGUCGCCGCCCUUCGGGCUUUCGUAGGCCGGCCGCCUCGCUGCUCGAAUAAAUCUAAUAAGAAAUAUAUACGAUCUAUAAGAGAAAAAUAAUGAAGCUCACCUGAAGGGCAUAAAAGAAGACUUCAACAAACAGGGCAACUGGCUACAUUUCUGAAUGAGAAGACUUGGCAUUAUAAAGAUGUCUGUUCUCUAAAAUGGAUCCCCAAAUCCACAAAUUCAAUGCCUUUCCAAUGAAAUUAUCAACAGCAUUAUUUUAGUGAAAUGGGAAGAGUAGAUUCUAAGAUUUAUAUGAAAGAUAAAAGCCUUAUGGUAAAGAAAAUUUUGUAGGAAAAUAAAAGGAAGGGAUCCCUUCCCACCAGAUAUCAAAAAACUGAAAAGUGCCAACUGAAAGAAUGCGGUAUCUACAGGAACAGACAGAGAGACAUCCAGCUCAUAGACAGAGCUGAGGCCAAGGCAGGCAGAGUACCAAGAGCCACUUUUACAUUUAGACAGUCUGUUGCUGACACAGGCAGCAAAAUGAAAAGGAAGAGAGAGAGAGAAAGAAAGAGAAGAAAGAGAAAAGGAAGGAAGGAAGGAAGGAAAGAAAGAAAAACACCCAAAUGUGCCACUUCCCAUCUUUGUCCCAUGCACCAGAAAGGAUGACACCCAACCAAAGAGAGCUGGAUGCCUGCGCCUCAAGUCACCCCAAGGCAUCACCUCUGGCUGGGAGCCCAUUCUAGAUGGCAGCUACACCCUGGGGGCAGGGACAGAAAACCUCGUAUCUUGGAACCAGAGAUGAGGGGAAACCCUCCUGAUGCCUCCUGGGCAGAUGUGGAAAAGAGUGGGCGGUGGCCUCAGAGCAGCUCCUCACAAGUCCAACCUCAGUUCCUGGAGUAUCACAAAGUGUUCUGACAGGCUCAGAUUAGCUGUGGUCCCAGACUUGGCCUGGUGGCCUUUGAGGACACCUGCAAGGUGACCAGAGCAGAGCCGUUCCCUCACAACAGAGAAAUACAACAAUGGAGCAUAAACUGUGGUGCAGUUAUCAAUACAAAUCAGUGGGGAAAAGGUAGCCAACAAAUGUUAGACUCCUACCUCAUACUACACACAAGCAAAUUCCAGAGGGGCUGAAGUGCUGAACAUUUUUUAAAUAUUGGAAAGAUAUUACAAGGAAAUGUGGGAGAACAUUUUUCUAAUUUUGGAUGGGAAAUGCUUUUCUUUUUUAAAAAAAAUAUUUUUUAAAUUUAUUUUUGGCUGCAUUGGGUCUUAGUUGCUGCGCAUGGGCUUUCUCUAGUUGCAGCGAGCGGGGGCUACUCUUCAUUGGCAGUGCGCGGGCUUCUCAUUGCGGUGACUUCUCUUGUUGCGGAGCACGGGCUCUAGGCACGCGGCCUUCAGUAGUUGUGGCGUGCAGGCUCAGUAGUCGUGGUGCACGGGCUUAGUUGCUCCGCAGCCUGUGGGAUCCUCCAGGACUAGGGCUCGAACCUGUGUCCCCUGCAUUGGCAGGCAGGCUCCCAACCACUGUGCCACCAGGGAAGCCCCCAGAAAUGCUUUUCUUAACAAGACACGAGCUUCAAAAAAAGAAAGAAAGCCAAAUUCAUAAAAAAGAAAUACUUCUGUGUGUUAAAAGACACCAUUGAUCAAGCCAUAUGUUUAGCAAUAGGUAAUACAGCAUAUUCAACAAGAAAAGGAUUAAUAGAUAUUAUGGAUGGAAUAUAAAAAUAGUUUAUACAAAUUGAAAAGUAGAAGACAAUUCAAUAACAAAACAGUUAAGUAAUAUAAACAAAUCAUCCUUAGAAAAAGGAAUACAAAUAACUAUAAACAUAUGAAAAGGUGUCCAGCACUUUGCAAUUCAAAUGAUAAUGAGAUGACAGAUAAGCAAAAGUUAUAAAGAUUCAUCAUCUCAAGGACUGGCCAGCAUGGAGUCAAACUCCUAAUGAUGCUGGAAGGAUUAAUUGGUGAAGCCAUUUGAAGGGGCCAAUGUAGUCCUGUCUGCACAAUCAUAAAAUGUGCCCAGCAUUGGACCUAGCAAUUCAGCCUCUAGGAAGCAUCCAGAAGAAACACAUGCACAUGUUGACCCUGGUAAAAGGCCAAGAUUUAUAACAGGGGAAAACGGAAACUGCCCAGAUGACCAUCAAUACGAAAUUGGUUUAAAAAUAUUUCAGCGUAUCCAUUUGGAGAGAUCUCACCGGCCACUCCUUCCCUCUCCCUCUGCUGGAUCCCAGCAGAGCUCAUGUUUCCAGAUGGUAGUCAGGGAAGGCAGUGACCAAAGCUUGAGGGUGGCCUGGGCACGUGUGGCAAUGCCACUGGCUAAGCCACCUGCUCCCUCUCCUCUGGUUCCCAGACUCAAGGGGGCCUCUCCUCCUUAGGACAUGAAUUUGGAAGACCCUGUGACCCUGCCUUGGGAACUGGACAGGUGGCAAAGUCUGCGGUGAUAAGGUGAUUGGGCUGUCGCUAUGGUGAUGGGGAUGGAGGCCUUUUGCCAUCAGCCCCAGUUUUCUGCAUGGCAGCUCUAAUGACAGGAUGGUCAGCCCUGCAGAGGCUGGAGGGUGUGAGCGCAGAGGCCUGUUCCUGGUUGCCAUGGCAGCGUGGGCCCUGGCAGGAGCGCAGAAAGCCCUGGCAGGAGAAUUCCCCACUCCAUACCUGGUCAGAGCAGGAAGUGUUGGGCAGUGACUGAGCCUCAGGGAAGCAGGUUGGGGUGUGAGAAAAGAACAGUCGCCCACAGCUUAAUUACUCAAAAGCUGUCCCCCAGCCACAGGAGGAAAGAAGACCUUUUCUGCUGAGUCUGUCUAGAGAACACCACGCCGUCACAGCUCAGCACAGCCCGGAGAGAAAGCUGACCAGUGCUGACCAGCUCUGGAGCCCGGCAAUGGCCCUGCCCCGAUGAUACCUGGCCUGACAAGGUCUCAGUGGGGAAGGGUCCCGACUAGGACCCAGAAGAGAAGGCUGGCAGGCUUGCUGGAGAACAAUGAAAAGGAGGAAACUCUGUGAUUGAACCUCAAGCCAGAAGCCAGCCAGAAGGUGGACCAUAUUCUACCAGACACUCGGGCUGGCCGUGACCCUUGGUUGGGAGAAGCCUGGGGAUAUUUCUGCCUUGGAAGCCCGUUGGGGAACACUGAGGGGUUCCAGCUCCCCCAGGCGGGCUGCGGUACAAAUGCUGGAUGACAGAGCCAGGAUGGAGAUCGCCAAGAAGGAAAAGGUGGAACAGAUCCUGGCGGAGUUCCAGCUGCAGGACGAGGACUUGAAGAAGGUGAUGAGGCGGAUGCAGAAGGAGAUGGACCGAGGCCUGAGGCUGGAGACACACAAGGAGGCCAGUGUGAAGAUGCUGCCCACCUACGUGCGCUCUACCCCGGAAGGCUCAGUUUAUCCUGGGGUCCCCCAGAUGUCUGGCAUCGGGGGCCCCUCGUCCAGCUCUUCUGGUCCCCCCACCAUGCCUUCCCCUCCUCCUCUCCCAGUUUGGGGGCUCCUGCCCGGCGGUGCCCAUGAGACUGAUGUGCUUCUCUCUGUGGCUGCAGAAGUCGGGGAUUUCCUCUCCCUGGACCUGGGCGGCACCAACUUCAGGGUGAUGCUUGUGAAGGUGGGGGAAGGGGAGGAGGGACAGUGGAGUGUGAAAACCAAGCACCAGAUGUACUCCAUCCCCGAGGACGCCAUGACGGGCACUGCUGAGAUGCUCUUUGACUACAUCUCUGAGUGCAUCUCCGACUUCCUGGACAAGCAUCAGAUGAAGCACAAGAAGCUACCCUUGGGCUUCACCUUCUCCUUUCCUGUGAGGCACGAAGACAUCGACAAGGGCAUCCUUCUCAACUGGACCAAGGGCUUCAAGGCCUCAGGAGCAGAAGGGAACAACAUCGUGGGGCUCCUGCGAGAUGCCAUCAAACGGAGAGGGGACUUUGAGAUGGACGUGGUGGCGAUGGUGAACGACACUGUGGCCACGAUGAUCUCCUGCUACUAUGAAGACCGCCGGUGUGAGGUUGGCAUGAUUGUGGGCACGGGCUGCAACGCCUGCUACAUGGAGGAGAUGCAGAACGUGGAGCUGGUGGAAGGGGACGAGGGCCGCAUGUGUGUCAACACCGAGUGGGGUGCCUUCGGGGACUCGGGCGAGCUGGACGAGUUCCUGCUGGAGUACGACCGUGUGGUGGACGAGAACUCCCUGAACCCCGGCCAGCAGCUGUACGAGAAGCUCAUCGGCGGCAAGUACAUGGGCGAGCUAGUGCGGCUCGUGCUGCUGAAGCUUGUGGACGAGAACCUGCUCUUCCAUGGGGAGGCCUCGGAGAAGCUGCGCACGCGCAGCGCCUUCGAGACACGCUUCGUGUCGCAGGUGGAGAGUGACUCGGGCGACCGCAAGCAGAUCUACAACAUCCUGAGCACGCUGGGGCUGAGGCCGUCGGCCACCGACUGCGACAUCGUGCGCCGUGCCUGCGAGAGCGUGUCCACCCGCGCCGCGCGCAUGUGCGCCGCGGGGCUGGCGGGCGUCAUCAACCGCAUGCGCGAGAGCCGCAGCGAGGACGUGAUGCGCAUCACCGUGGGCGUGGACGGCUCAGUAUACAAGCUGCACCCCAGCUUCAAGGAGCGGUUCCACGCCGGCGUGCGCAGGCUGACGCCCAGCUGUGAAAUCACCUUCAUCGAGUCGGAGGAGGGCAGCGGCCGGGGUGCGGCCUUGAUCUCCGCGGUGGCCUGUAAGAAGGCCUGCAUGCUGGGCCAGUGAGAAUAAAGGCUGCAAGGCAAGGAGGAGGCUGUGGCCGCUACUAGACCUGGGCUCCAGGGGACACACUUCCUACAGGUCCCCCCAACCUGGUCCAGUCAAGAGGCUUCUCCUUGUAAGGACCUUGGAUGCCUCCCAUCCCCGCUGUCACCCCAGGAGAUGGGGAAAGCUUCUUUGGGGAUGCGGUGAGGCCCUGAGCAGGGCUCUUCUCUCAGGGUCAGUUGGUAGGAUAGCCCUAGGGCCCUGACUGGGUUGGGGGCUGAGAUGAACAGGAAUGGAGAACCCCCAAAGUACCUCACCUUUCUUGCUGCAAUCAGGGGCCCAGAAGGGAGUUAUUAACUCAGGAUUUUGUUGCAUUUCUGCACUGCUUGCCUCUUGGAGCUUUCAGCCUGGCUCAGCCCUUGCUCUGGGAAGGGGGUGCACUCUGGACUCUACCAUGGCCUGGCUUCCCUGGGAACCCAGCCCACAUAGAGAGGCAGCCCUCAAGACCUGGCCAGACCUAGACCUGGGCUCCACAGGGGGCCCCGGGGAGCUGCAGAUCACCCAGGCCUGGGAAAUGGAAGGGACCAGCUCCAUGUUGGAGGCUGUGGGUACCCCGAGGCCUGGAGAUGGCAGCCUUUUCCCUCCCAUCCUGCCAUCCCUGAGUGGUUUCUGGUUCUGGGAUGGACCCUCACAGGAGGUGCAAGAGACAGUCCCCAAAGCCCCUGCCCAGAGGGGCCCAGGAAGAGGAGGAGUUCCCCUACCCACAGACAGGCCUGGGAGCAUCUCCGGGAUCGAGUCCUCGGCUCCCACGGCGCUGGGCACUCAGAAACCCCAGCAGCACUCAGCACACCCCCAAGGGACAACCCAGGCCUCUUUCUUCUCACCAGACCUCCAUGUACCACACCAACCUCUCCAUGCCCAACCUGGGACUGUGUGGGUUUUUUUAAUUAAAAGUUUAGAACAUGA